UACGGAAUGAGCGCGCGCGACGGCGGCGGGCGGCCCGGCCGCGGGUGAGCGCGGGCGCGCACUCGGAACGGGCGGUGCGCGGAGCGGGCGGUGCCGCCGCGGCGUCCCCGGGCCGGGGCCGAUUUCAUGCAGUUGCCUGUGACAGCUCCUGUUGAGUAAACUGAGACUGGAACAUCUUGUAUCAGCUCUUGAACCGGUACCUGCCACGAUGAGAAGUUGCACAAGAUCUGUUUGGGCCCCUGUCUAGCUGAUCCAUGCUUCCAAACUGUCUCUUGUAACAUUCUCAAGCAGCCAAAAUGAAGUUGAAGCAUAACAUCAACCCUAUUCUUUUACAGUUUAUAAACUUCAUAGUCCUGGUGUACUCCCUUGUAACAUACAUUCCGUGGUACAUCCUUUCAGGAUCAAAGCAGGCUAUAGCAAAAGCCAAGCAGGUUAAAGCCAGGCCUGUGAAUAACAAGCCUGGGGGUGCAUACAGAUCUGUGAACAGUCUGCAUUGCUUGGCUUCAGUUUUAUAUCCUGGGUGUGAUACACUCGACAAAGUUUUUAAAUAUGCUAAAACGAAAUAUAAGGACAAAAAACUCUUGGGAACACGUGAAAUUCUGAAAGAGGAAGAUGAAAUCCAGCCAUCAGGAAAAGUUUUUAAAAAGGUCAUCCUUGGCAAGUACACCUGGCUUUCUUAUGAAGAUGUAUACAUUAAAGCUGUUAAUUUUGGAAAUGGCUUAGCAGUCUUGGGUCAGCAGCCAAAGACCAACAUUGCUAUCUUCUGUGAGACCAGAGCUGAGUGGAUGAUUGCAGCCCAGGCCUGCUUUAUGUGCAACUACCAGCUUGUUACUCUGUACGCCACGCUGGGAGGCCCAGCAAUAGUUCAUGGGCUGAACGAGACAGAGGUGACCACCAUCAUUACCAGUAAAGAGCUGAUGCAAACAAAACUGAAGGAAAUUGUUUCUCAAGUUCCACUCCUGCGACACAUAAUUACAGUGGAUGGCAAACCCACAACGUGGGCAGAGUUCCCCAAGGGGGUCAUUGUUCACACCAUGGCAUCUGUGCAAGCCAUGGGGGCCAAGGCAGACACCGGAAACAAGCAGCCAUCCAGGCCUGUGCCCUCGGAUAUUGCAGUGAUCAUGUACACAAGUGGAUCCACAGGAAUUCCCAAAGGAGUUAUGAUCUCCCAUUGCAACAUAAUUGCUGGGAUAACUGGAAUGGCUGAGAGGAUCCCAAAUCUGGGGGAAAAGGACAUUUAUAUUGGGUACCUGCCCCUUGCCCAUGUUCUGGAGCUGAGUGCUGAGCUUGUGUGUCUGUCUCACGGGUGCCGCAUCGGUUACUCCUCCCCUCAGACACUGGCUGACCAGUCUUCUAAAAUAAAGAAAGGAAGCAAAGGGGAUGUUACUACACUUAAACCAACUCUAAUGGCAGCAGUUCCGGAAAUCAUGGAUCGAAUUUACAAAAAUGUCAUGAAUAAAGUGAAUGAAAUGACCAGUUUCCAGAGGAAUCUAUUUAUAUUGGCCUACAACUACAAAAUGGAACAGAUUUCCAAAGGUUACAGUACCCCACUCUGUGACAGCCUUAUUUUCCGCAAGGUGCGGAUGCUGCUGGGCGGGAAGAUCCGUGUGCUGCUGUGCGGCGGCGCCCCGCUCUCGGCGGCCACGCAGCGCUUCAUGAACAUCUGCUUCUGCUGCCCCGUGGGGCAGGGCUACGGCCUCACCGAGUCUGCUGGGGCUGGCACCAUCACCGAAGUUUGGGACUACACUACAGGAAGAGUGGGAGCACCUUUGGUCUGUUGUGAAAUCAAGUUAAUGAACUGGGAAGAAGGUGGAUAUUACAACACUGAUAAACCAUAUCCUAGAGGUGAGAUCCUUAUUGGAGGGCAGAAUGUGACUGUGGGCUACUACAAAAAUGAAGCACGGACCAAAAAAGAUUUCACUGUUGAUGAGAAUGGGCAGAGGUGGCUCCAUACUGGAGACAUUGGAGAGUUUCAUCAUGAUGGAUGUCUAAAAAUUAUUGAUCGCAAAAAGGAUCUUGUAAAGCUGCAGGCAGGAGAGUAUGUUUCUCUUGGCAAAGUAGAAGCAGCUCUGAAGAAUCUCCCACUGGUGGAUAAUAUUUGUGCAUAUGCAAGCAGUUUCCAUUCUUAUGUCAUUGGAUUUGUUGUGCCAAAUCAAAAGGAGCUCGCAGAACUAGCCCGAAAAAAAGGAUUUAAAGGAACCUGGGAAGAGAUCUGUAACAGUCCUGAGAUGGAAAAAGAGGUUCUGAAGGUGCUAGCUGAGGCUGCUGUGGCAGCAAACCUGGAGAAGUUUGAAAUCCCAGUGAAGAUCCGUUUGAGCCCGGAUCCCUGGACCCCAGAGACUGGUCUGGUGACGGACGCGUUCAAGCUGAAGCGCAAGGAGCUGACGGCGUUCUACCAGCCGGACAUUGAGCGCAUGUACGGCACCAACAUCAAAUAGCCCCUGCCCGCUGCUGCUCUGCCCAGCUGGACCCAACAGCAAAUACUUGAAUUGCCUGUCUCAACCCGACACUUGAGAUCAACACACAAAACCACCACUCCUCAUUCCCAGCGCAAACUGCUCUUUCUAAUGACAUCUAAUGACACACCACGAUGACUGGCGAGUUUGGUAAAAUGUUAUGGCAGCAAAUUUGGGUGUCUCCUUUUCUCCAGUUUUCUCUGCCACCUUGUCAGUCUGUGGAUUUUCCCAGGUCUAUUUGGGAAACCAUGAUUCUGAAGCCUCAAGUUUUUAAACAUUUAUAAAUCCUGUAUAAUGUUUUAUUUGUAUCUUUAAAAUUUGGAUGUAUAUAGAGAGAACUUGGCUAUAUAAGAAAUGGUUAUACUGGGGGCCUUUUUCUACCUAAUUAUUUAAAGAUAAGAAGGUAUUGAUGUUGUGACAUUAUGCACAUUGCAAAUGCUUGUAACAAGGUAAUUGUUGAACAGAGGACCAGGUUAUUUGCUGCUGUGCUAUUUUUCUGUGUAAAUCUGAGGGAGAAAAUGUUUGACAUUCCAGCUUGUGUAAUGCACCUUCAAUAUGUGCCUAAUGGUUACUUUUAUUUUUAUGUGAAAAUGGAAGGAUGGUGGUGGCACAGCUCUGCCUCAAGGCAGGUACUCUUGCAGGUGUUAGUUAAAGCUCCUUUAAUACAGAAGAUGCUAUUAACACAGCAGAAGUUCAACCUAGGAAUAAUCUCUCAGAUACAGAAACUCCUUUUUUAAAUAGCUCGUGACCAUUUCAUCCAGAGCUGAAUUGUGUAGUGCUAAUAUGAGCUCUCAUCAUUAAUUUCACCUUAUACUUUACAAGCUUGACUGUGUCCUUUUAACAGAGGGACUGUAGCAACCUUUGUCUUUUCUCAUUAGGUCUGGACAUUACAGUGGAUUUCCUCUUUUGUUGUUUAUUAAGGUUUGGCAAGACCCCUGCUCUGCCCUAGCUGCAACCCAAAUCUUCCUGGGGGGAUUUUUAAAGUCAUAAUGACAGUUAUGUUCUCAGCUCACACAGUGCCUAGCUGCCCUUUGUGCCAUUAAAAAUCUCCCUUUGAUUCUCUGUUCUUUUGUGUUGUACUUUUUGCUUUAAAAACAGAUAUUUGAAGCAUUUGUCAGCCAGAGUUAUUUAUGUUGCUUGGUUUGUUACAUCUAAUUCUUGCUUUGGGAAAGAGUCAAUUUCUGUUUCAAUAGAGAUUCAUGGAUAUUGUUUGAAAAAAUAUGGGGGCUCUUUUCAUCUUGAGUAAGAGCAUUCAGAUUUGUUUCAGAUGUGAAUUUUAUUUUCAAAAUAUUUCUGGAAAGAAUAUUCAGGGUUACAUGAGAAUGUGAAAAGGCAUACAUUAGUCAACUUUGUGAUGAAGCAAAUACUAAAAUGGUUUUAAUUUGGAGAUUACUCUCUUGUGUAUCCUUUACUUGUAGUACUAAAACUCAAGGUCCUGAUGCUUACUUAGUGCCCUGCUAUGGUAGCACAUGGCCAUGCUGAAACUUGGUUUGGGAGAGGGAGUUCCUGCUGAUUGUCUUUGUGACAUGAGGUCUGGGGAGGUGUUUGAUGUGCAAAUUCUCAUUUUAUAAACCUCUAUUGUUUUAAUUAAUGCUCUCCAUUGACUAUAGAAAGCAGAUUCAUAGGAGUUGAAGGCUAUCAAGCAGGUUCCCUGAUGAAAUGAUUGAGGUGGUUUGUGCUAAUUAUGGAUUUCCCCUGCUGCUGUCCAUGACAAACUGUUAACAUUUGGUAAAUUUGGUGUAAGUAAUCAAAUGAAAAUAGAAGCAACAAAAAGAAAUCAGAACCAUGUUUUUGAGAUUACUGCCUUUAGAUAUCCAGAUCAUGAAUGAAAAACCUUACGACAAAUAGAGAUAAGACAAUGUUGAAAAAUGACUGAAGAAUCCAAAUGUGGAAAAAUUGCCAAGGCUGUAGGGAAGUGUCACACCAUGUAUUAGACAUUACUAACACUUAAAUUUCUAUCUGUGCUCCAUCAACAGGUUCUUAAAUAGAACUCAGCACAGACUGUACAUUGUUCAAAUAUUUUUGUGAUUUUUUAGUGAAAAAUAAUAAAUUGCUGAAGUACUAUGUAUAUCACUUGGUGCAUUGUGCAGCAGAUUUAAGAAAAUAAAUCUGCGUUUGGUUAAACAAA